AUGGCACCAAAAUCAGACUUUGAGGACAACUCUCAACCCAUAAACCCCUUCAUCAUGGAUAAGAGUUUGAGGGUUUAUGGGAUCGAUGGUUUGAGAGUUGUGGGUUCUUCAACUAUGCCAAAAAUUGUUAAAGAUAAUACGAAUGCGCCUACGAUUAUGAUUGCGGAGAGAGCUAGUGAUAUGAUUAAAGAGGAAUGGUUGUCUGGCAAGAUUUGA